ACCAAUCUAUGGUUUUGUAUCCACCAUUGGAGUACGUUCUUCACAUUCUGGCAUGUUGUUGGCUGACCUUUUAAUGUCCAUCGCUCGCAGCACGCCACGCCUGACUCACACCAUCCUCUUCGGACCACUUGCAGUCUCCCUUGUCGACACAGACCGUCCUCCUUAGAGCUGGUCAAAGUCUUUUUGCCUUCACAGAUCUCUAUCUUCUUCAUUCCUACCAGCUAAUGGGAUAAAUUCACCCUGAUCCUUGGAACCAGACUGUCUGCUCUGGAACCACAAUAACCUCUGCACAAAGAACCAAGGUCAGACACGAAAGAGCAGUUCACGUUACAUAUUAUUUUUACAUACCCUACCGUUACACUACCGGCAAUGAUCUCAUUCAAGCACCCAAAUCUUUUCCGCCCAAGCAGUCGUCCCACUUCACCAAAUCCCUCCUCCCGGCCUGAAUCUGCCAUGGUUGCGGAGAGGACAUCCCGACCUCUCAACAAGCUCUCUUUCAGUGGCUUCAAACGAUCGUCCUCUUCUAUGUCUGUCUCCUCCCCCCUUCCAACUCUGCUUGUACAAGACGGGUCUUACCUACAGGCCCUCAGUCUUAAGCUUAGCGAGGCGGUCUCGAAGGCACUGGUGCAGCCGACCGGUCCAGUGCCUGUUGGCGAGUUGGUUGGAGGCAGACGUCCAAUUCCUGUAGGUCGUGGGCAAGCGCUCGGACUUCUAAUUGCCUCUGAGCUCAAGGCAUGUCAAAGCAAUCCCCAUUUGCACAAGGCUAUCAUUCGUUCACUUCACAGGCCACUGUCUGUCCUACUCAGCAAUCUCUCAGCACUCCUUCUUCCCCUCCUUUCCUCGCCAGCAUUUCUUGCCCCGCCUGCUCCUACUGUACAGGCCCCCAAUCCCAAUGCAACUCAGCUCCACGCACUCGCAGCUGCUGGCUUUGCAGGAGAGCUUCUCGAAAGUUUCGAUGAAAUGGGUCUGGGCUUGGACAAUGAUGCAAGAGGAGACGGUUUGAAGUCGAUUCGCGAAGGCCUUGUUUCCCUCAUGGGACGCGUUGUGAACCCACUCGUGGCGGGCAUCAAGUCUGAACUGAUGCCUCUCCUGGAGUCUCUGGAGAUUGCUGUUGCUGUAACUGUGCCUAAGACAGGUACCAAAGCUAUUCUUCACCCAUCUAUCGUAUCAUUACAGACACUUAUGCCAGUGUACGCACGUGCAUUGGCACGGUACACGACAACCCUUCCUUCCCAGACGACCUUGGCGACUUUCUUGAUCUCCAUCAUUUGGAGAGCGCUCGUGUCUCUAGCUAAUCGUCCCCAGGUGGCGGCUUCGCCGCCGACUUCACCGCCGGGUUCGCCACAGCUCACACCCUCAAACAAGAGGCAGCGCGCUGCUUAUGGUAUUUCUUCACCGACGACUCCUCCCCCUACACGGUUUACUCUUAAGCUGCCGCCUUCACGACCAUCGUCUCCUCCCGGCAUCUCGGUUAUUCCUUCAGCGGCUGCUGACGCACGUGCGCUCCACGAGCUCAUGGUUCUCCUUCCACGUCCUCCUGCACAUUGUGAUGCGACACGUGUGGCUCGCGAAGCUGUUGAUGAAGCGCUUUCUGACUUAACGGCUCUGGCCACACUGCUUGAAAGCAUAGACAACCCGUUGUUCAAGGUCGGCAAGUCAAAUGAGGCAAUCCUGGAGGAGAUCGAGAAGAUCACUGCCAAUUUGCCAACCCUCAUCGCGUUGCCUGUGCUCCUACGGGGUUACUCCAAGGUCACAAUUGAGUCGCCAUCCAUUCCGCCAAUAUCCUCUAUCAUCAAUGUUUCAGAGGAUGAAUAUAGAAAGAGCUGCCUAUCAGGCUUUGGGCGAGCCGAACAAUGUAGCAGCAUCAUCGGUCAUAGCGUGCUUGACUUCAUGUGUGUCCAAAGUGGCUUACAGAGCCUUGUUGCGCAGUGGCUAGCUAACCGAGUUGAUGCCGUUGACCAUUGACUGCAUGGACCCAAUGAUCUCCAUAGGUACACCUACUUCAUAUCUUGUGAGUUAGUAUCCGUCCUUAUGUAUCGAUCCAUCACAUCGCCUUUGGGUUAUUCUUAUAUAGAGUGGUUAUCUAGAUUGUUCCAUUUUGUUCAAUUCUACGUUCGUCAGUGCGGCCUCCCUCUAAUCUAUAUGAUUCUUGUGGUUAUGACAAGUUCACGAUCUCUACGCUUUAUGACGUCCUACUUGAGAAGCUUCAGCAGCGAGACCGCAAAUCUUUCAUUUUCGAC